AUGGGUAUGAAACAAUUUAUUCAGUGGUCUGGCUUUUGUUUUGUUUUGUGUAGCUUGAUAUAUGAAUCUGGACUUAAGCAACGGUUACUAUGUUACGCCGCAAGUGCUUUGUUGUUCACGCAGAAGGGUGUUAAUCCAAAUCUCGUUUCAUGGAACAGGAGUGACAUUGGUCUAUGUUUGUUUUGCAGAUACAUUUUGUGCUUCUUGUUAGUCGCCAAGGAAAAGUCAGGCUACUUCUGUAUGUGUAUUGAUCAGGAGGAUAAUGAGUUAGGUGUUGCUGUGUCUUUCUUGAGUAUCUUGACUAAGAAAGCUUCAACCUUUAAUAGAAAGUUUCAACUUUUAAUUGAUGUUGUUAGAUUAUUAACUUAUUGCUUUGUCUCUAUUGAGAAUUUUGAUUAA